AUGCGUUUCAUCCUCAUUACCCUGACCUCGCUCCUUGCCCUCAGCAGCGCAAUCGCCCUCCCUCAACCCCAACUCGACGGCCUAGGCGGCGGUCUCCUCGGCGGCGGCGAAGGAGGUGAAGGAGGCGAGGGGGGUGAAGGCGGCCAGGGCGGCCAGGGCGGCGAAGGAGGUCCAGGUGGUCAGCAAGGCGGCGAAGGAGGCCCAUAUGGUCAGCAAGGCGGCGGUCAGCAAGGAGGCCAGGAAGGUGAUCAACAAGGCGGCCAAGGCGAACACGGCGGACAAGGCGGCCAUGGCCAUGGUCACGGUCACGGCCACGGCGGCGGCAUCUGCGGUUCUUCUUCUCCCCUCUGCUGCCAGACUGGUUUGCUGGGUGUGUCCAACUGUGCUAGUGCUGGUGCCGUCACCACACCCGAUGCCUUCAACGCCCAAUGUGCCCAAAACGGUCUCUCGGCUCAAUGCUGUAUUUUGCCGCUUGGCGGGCUGGGAAACCUCGGUGGUGAUGGGUUGAUUUGCACGGCGCUCUUGCUGCUCGGACUUGGUGUGAUCUAG